AGGAGCCCAAGGGCCGCCGCGGCCCCGCGGUGCGCGUGAGCCAGCAGCUGGGGCCGAGCGGGCAGCGCGCGGUCUUCCGGUGCCAGGGCGCCGGAGUCGGCGGCCAGAGCCUGUGGAGGUUCCAGCCCGACGAGCGGUGGGGCGCGGGCCCCGCGGGCGUCUGGGCGCGCUACGGCGAGCCCGUCGCGGAGGUGCUCCGGAAGGUCUUCCUGCCGGUGGACUACCCAGCUUCCGUGGCGGCCCGCUACGAGGUCUUUGCCGUGCACAUGAAUUUGAACAUCACUGUCAGCGCGAUCACGCGCGUGCUGGCUACCCAGGCCAUGCUGCUUGCUGUCGGCGUCGGCUCGAAGAGCGCGCUGCCUCUGGCCGCGGUGACCAGCUGGAUCCUGAAGGACGGCAUUGGACAUCUGGGGGCUAUAGGCGUUGGAACCUUUAUCAACACACGAUUCGACUCGGAUCCUAAGAGAUUUCGAUUUUUUGCUACCUGCAUUGGUAAGGCCGCGGACUUGAUGUCCAUCCUAACGUUGGCCAAUCCGAAAUAUUUUCUCUUGUUGUCAUCUAUUGGAGGCACCUUUUCAAGAAUCAGCACGACCACAGCCACCAGUUGUCGUGCAAAGAUUUACGAGACUUUUGCGUCCAGCGACAACCUGGGGGACAUCCUCCGAUGCGCGACCGCGCAGUCCACGGGGGCCCAGCUUCUGGGCACCUGCAUUGGCGUUUGCCUGAGUCCAGUGGUGGGCGACAAUGUGCUUCGGCUUCUGGUCUGGAACUCCGUGCUGGCGGCCAUAUCGCUAGGCUUUUCGUACAUGGCCUGCCUGCACGUGCGAAUGCGGACGCUGAACCAGCAGCGGGCUGAGCUGCUCUUCCACGGGAUCAUCCGGCGCAUGGCUAGGGAGAGCUCGGGCGCGCUUGCGGGCAGCUCGGGCUCGCUGGCUGUGGAGCUGCCGGACCCUGAGCACGUGAGAACGCAGGAGGUCUUCGUUUUGCCCUACGAGUCGAGGUUCGCCGGCCAGCCCCUGCAAGUGAACCCGCACUUUGGCAACCCGUUCUCCAUCAUCAUGCCCAGAGGCGACUCCUUGAGCUCACACUACACGUUCGGGUUCGAGCUGAGACCAGGAGGCGAGGUCGCGAAUCCGUUGACUGUUGCACUCUGGAUCCAUGAGACAGCACCCGCGAGGGAGGUCAUCCGUGGUUUCUUUCAUGGAUGCCUCCUCCGGGAGCUGCUCGCUGAUGUGGAGCCUGAUUGCACCGCAUUGUCCGCGUCAUACAUCCAGUCCGAGCUGUUGAUGUCGGUCUGGUGGCCGCAGGUGGCAGAAGCAGCCGCCUCGCGAGGCUGGCGCUCGGACGUCGCUUUCCUGGAUCGCAAGUCCAAGCGCAUUGCUGUAUCUUUUGAGGAGGCGGAGUGACGGCUGUUCUCUUGCUCAGCCACGCGCAGAGGGGGCAGGGGGAGGGGAAGGCUUUUUUGGAGGCACCCCUGCUUCUUAGAAGGCUCGGGCCUUGUCUAGAGGGGGUAGCGCCAGUGCCUUCUAAGAAGGAGUCUCUUUCUAAGAGCCUUUCCCCCAUCCCUCCACUCCCUUGCGCGCGCGCCGCCGACUCUCGCAGUUGCAGGGCCCUUUGGCAUUCGGGGGGCAGGCGUUUGUUGUCGUAGGUCGUAGGGACGUGUAUUUUCCUGCGCUCGCUGUGUUUUCAGGGCGCUUCCCCUUGACGCUCGGCGUGCCGGAGACCCGCGCGCAAUCCUCCCCCCGCCAGGGCACAACAGGGAAUCGGAUGGGCUCCACCACGUCAUCUGCAUCGUUUGUGCCGCCUCUGCAACGGUCUUCGUGGUAGCUUAGUCUUCGUCGUCGUCACGUGAGCUCAAGAACGUGUU